AUGGCAGACAUCUCCGGGAGGUCUGGCAGCAAGUCGGAGACCGACGUGGUGACGCACGUCGAGCAUGACAGCGGCCUAGACCAGAGCCGUGACCAGAUCCAAACACAGCAGCAUGGUCACGACGGUGACAACAGCAACAACAACGAUGUGCCGGCCUUUGAAAAGACGGCGCUCGGCCGUACGGAAGACGACAAUGUGGUUGGUGCCGACUUUGCCGUGGCCGACGACCAGCUGCCCGCCGGCUACUUCCGCAGCCUAAAUUUCGUGGGUUCCAUGCUGGCCAUCGGGCUGUCCUUUUGCUGCGGUGUCGGCGGCUUCUCGCUGAUUGCUCCGGUGCUGGGCAUUGUCAACGCGGACAUUGGGCCCGACCCGAACCUGACGUGGGUGUCCAUGUCGUACCUCCUGACCAGCUCGAUUGGCCUGAUUGUCGUCGGCCGCGUCACGGACAUCUUUGGCCGCCGCUGGUGGUUUGUCGGCGGCAACGCGAUGGGCACGCUGGGCGCGAUUGUCUGCGCGGCGGCGCCCACCAUCCCGGCGCUGAUUGCGGGCGAGACGCUGAUCGGCGCGUACGUCUUUGUCUGGAGCAUUCCCGGCAGCGGCCUGGCGCCGGCGAUUUCGUAUGCAUUCAUCUACCAGACCAAGGCCGGGUGGCGCGGCAUCUUUUACUUUUUGAUUGCGCUAAAUGCCAUCACGACCGUCCUCUUCUACGUGUUCUACCACCCACCGACCUUCCAUAUGAAGCACGCGUCGGCCAACAAACAGGCGUUCAUCAAGCACUUUGACUACCUGGGCAUCGUUUUGGUGACGCUCGGCCUGCUGCUGUUCCUCAUGGGCAUCUCGUGGGGCGGCACGCUGCACCCAUGGAAGAGCGCGGCGGUCGUUGUGACGAUUGUGCUGGGGCUCCUGACCAUCGUGGCGUUUGUGCUCUGGGAGACGUACGGCAACCCCAAGGAGCCCAUGAUGCCGAUCCACGUCUUCCGGCACCGCGGCUGGAACAUCACCAUUGUCCUGUGGUCGCUGGGCGCCGCCGCCAUCUACUACGCCAACGCCAUCCUGUGGCCCAGCAUGGUCGCCGCGCUGUACUCGGAGGGCCACAGCCGCAUGUGGGCCGGCUGGAUGUCGUGCAUUCCCGGCUGUGGUAUUCUGGCGGGCGAGUUUUGUGCGGCUGCGUUCAGGCGCAAGACGAACUGGCAGAUUAUGGCCGUGUUCCCGGUGGGGGGCGUGCUGCUGGGCGUCAUGGCCACGAGCACGCCCGACACGGUCGUGCGCUCGUCGGCGCUCAUCUUUUUUGCGUCCUUUUUCAUCGGGUGGAACGAGCUGCUCAACUCGACCGUCGCCACCAUUUCCAUCCAAGACCAGCGCGAGAUUGGCACCUAUGCCGGCACCGGCGGCUCGUCGCGCUCGCUCAUCUCGACCGUUUGCUCCACCAUCUACACGACCGUCCUGUCCAACCGCCUGGCGCACACCAUCCCCGCCAAAGUACCUGCUGCCGUUGUGGCUGCCGGCCUGCCCGAGCGCUCCGUGGCCGCGUUCCUUGCCGCCAUCCAAGCCGGUACUGCCACUGCCUGGGACGCCGUCGCUGGGCUGACGCCCGAGAUCCGGACAGCCGGCAUCCGCGCCUACCAAGACGCCAGCGCCUCGGCGUACAGCACCGUCUUCCUGACGACGAUUGCGUUUUCCGGUCUCGGCAGCAUCCUCGCCAUCUUUGCGCCCAACGUCGACCACCUGCUGACCAAGAGCGUCAACAUUACCGUCAAUGUGGGCGACCUGGAUGCAGCCGUGGGAGUGGCGCAGGAGCAAGAGAAGGGCGUCAACCAGUCGGCCGUGUAG